CGCAACAUCAACGAGACACGGGAAAGACAAAAUAAAAAUAAAAAUGUCCGAAUCUGCUGAGGCUUCUCUUUCUGAAGCUAUUGGGAAACUCGAGAUCGUUAAUGCCGGUGAGGAAUACGAAGACGAAGAUGUGCCUAAGCUUGAAGGUGUAAGGAUAGGUGAACUUGAAGACCAGCAGGCGCCUAAGAAGAAAAAGAAAAGAAAGAAGAAUAAGCCAAAGAAUCCUCGGCCUUCAGGAUUUGAAGAGCACCAUGUCGAAGGCCCAUUGACCCUUGACGCAGUUCUAGAAGAGCAGUCGCUUUAUCAUCCGACUAAGCCGUUUUCUGAGCGUAUCGAGAUAUGCAUUCAGCGCUACAAGGCCAAGCGUAAAUUCGAUACUCUCCGUUCCCAAAUAUUCACUACCUACUUGACUCUCGGUGGUAUCUCUACAGGCCCCAAGCAAUUCUCCGGAGGCCUAGACUACAGGCAGAAUGACCACUUGGAAAAAGAGCAGCUAGAAGCUAUGGCAGCGACGGAUUUUGUCUCGACUAACCUGGACGAAGACGACGAGUGGGAAGUUGACUUUCCAUUUGUUGUCCGCGGGUUCUUGUCCCAUAGAGUCCCCUACGUUCUCGGUUAUAUUGAAGUCGCACACUUGGAACUUGCUGCGCAGGUUGUUCGUAAUUUCCUCAACUAUGUCUUGUACCACAACGUGGCCCCCGAGCAUGCGGAUGGUAUCAAAGAGGCUAUUCAGAUCUGCGACCUUGCUGAGAAGGAAUUGGCUCUUUGUCGUCACACUUCCCAUCGUCUUCCAGGAAAUUUCAACAUGGCUUGCUCGACUCUUUUCGGCGGUCACUACGCUGGCAUGAAGGAUGAGACCCAGACUUGGGACACUCUCACCCCCCCCGUCGGCUUGACUACUCGGGAGGCUACCGAUAUCUUCAAUGCCUGUGUCCAAGCCCGUGGAACCCCUGAGCAGAAGGAGAUGGGUCUCGACGUGAAAAUUACCAAGGCAGAGUUCAUGGGUUUGGAAGUCAUUGGUAUCGUCUUCCCCAACCUUGAAAGGAAGAGGGGCAAAGAUGAAGCGAAAGCGGACGAGCCAGAAGGAAGCGAAACCAAUACCGAUGAGAACACCAACCCUGCCGCAAAGCCGUACGAGGCAACUGGACUCAAAGCUCUUGGUAGACUCCUCGUCAAGCCGUGGACUCCAGACGACGAAUUGCACCCCGAGACCGACCUCAUUGAGUUUGAAAUUUGGCUUGAGUUGGAAGUGCUCCAAUUCUGUUUCAGUGGAAUGCACCUCGAAGCUAAGGUCCAUAAACUUAACUCUGGAAUUUUCUGGAUCGACAGCGUUACUGCCGUCCAAUGCUCCUUCUACCUCCAGCUCGAUCCACCCGACAAAGCUGGUGACAACGCCAGCGACGAUGAUUUUGACUAG